UCUCAUCAUGGGACAGCAAAUUUCGGAUCAGACACAGUUGGUUCUUAACAAGUUACCAGAAAAAGUAGCAAAACAUGUCACAUUGGUUCGAGAAAGUGGCUCCUUAACUUAUGAAGAAUUUCUUGGAAGAGUGGCAGAACUUAAUGAUGUAACUGCUAAAGUGGCUUCUGGCCAGGAAAAACAUCUUCUCUUUGAGGUACAACCUGGGUCUGAUUCCUCUGCCUUUUGGAAAGUGGUUGUACGAGUGGUCUGUACCAAGAUUAACAAAAGCAGUGGCAUUGUGGAAGCAUCACGGAUCAUGAAUUUGUACCAGUUUAUCCAGCUUUAUAAAGACAUCACAAGUCAAGCAGCAGGAGUAUUGGCACAGAGCUCCACCUCUGAAGACCCAGAUGAAAACUCAGCAUCUGUAACAUCUUGUCAGGCUAGUCUUUGGAUGGGAAGGGUAAAGCAGCUGACUGACGAGGAAGAGUGCUGUAUCUGUAUGGAUGGUCGAGCUGACCUAAUCCUGCCAUGUGCUCACAGCUUUUGUCAGAAGUGCAUUGACAAGUGGAGUGAUCGGCACAGGAAUUGCCCUAUCUGUCGCCUACAGAUGACUGGAGCGAAUGAAUCUUGGGUGGUGUCAGAUGCACCCACUGAAGAUGAUAUGGCUAACUAUAUUCUUAACAUGGCUGAUGAGGCAGGCCAGCCCCACAGGCCGUGACCUCCUGGUGAAGUGUUCCGUUGCUGGUGUUGGCUACACAUACUUCAGUCACGGGGAAAGAGGGCAGGGAUAUUGUAGCACAGACACAGCAAUUCCUCCCACCCUCUUAUUUUUGCUAUUCUGAUAGUUUGUC